AUGAUGAGAUCCUGCCUCUCCCUCGCCCUCCUCGUCGCCCUGAGCGCCGCCGGGUGCGCCGCGGCGCAGGCGGCGGACUACGACUUCUUCUACCUCGUGCUGCAGUGGCCGGGGUCGUACUGCGACACGAAGCAGAGCUGCUGCUACCCGCGGUCGGGGAAGCCGGCGGCGGACUUCGGGAUCCACGGCCUCUGGCCCAACCGCGACGACGGCUCCUACCCGCAGAACUGCAACCCCGCCAACGCCUUCGAUCCCUCUAAGGUGAGCGACCUGCUGAGCAGCCUGCGCACGGAGUGGCCGACGCUGGCGUGCCCGACGAGCGACGGCCUCCAGUUCUGGGCGCACGAGUGGGAGAAGCACGGCACCUGCGCGCAGAACCUCUUCAACGAGCACGGCUACUUCCAGACGGCGCUCCACCUCCGCGACCAGCUCCGCGUCCUCGACGCCCUCACCGCCGCGGGCGUCUCCCCCGACGGCGGCUACUACACGCUGAGCGCCAUCAAGGGCGCCAUCCAGCAGGGGACCGGGUUCGAGCCCUUCGUUGAGUGCAACCGCGACGAGUCCGGCAACAGCCAGCUCUACCAGCUCUACUUCUGCGUCGACGCCAACGCCUCGGGCUUCGUCGAGUGCCCCGUCCAGCCCGGCGGCAGGCCCUGCGGCAACAGGGUCGAGUUCCCGACCUUCUGA